CCACCCCAGCAGAAGCGCGCCACCUCCCCGCCCCCACUCCCCUCCCCCACCGCGCGCGCUCCGCCCGCCCCGGAGCCUCGCCCUCCGCCACGAUGAGCAAAUGAGCGCGAGCGAGGGCAUGAAAUUUAAAUUCCACUCAGGGGAGAAAGUGCUGUGCUUCGAGCCUGACCCCACCAAGGCGCGAGUGCUGUACGAUGCCAAGAUUGUCGAUGUUAUUGUUGGGAAAGACGAAAAAGGCAGAAAGAUCCCAGAAUAUCUGAUCCAUUUUAAUGGUUGGAACAGAAGCUGGGAUAGAUGGGCAGCUGAAGAUCAUGUCCUUCGUGACACCGAUGAAAAUCGGAGAUUACAGCGUAAAUUGGCAAGGAAAGCUGUAGCUCGCCUGAGAAGCACAGGAAGAAAGAGGAAGCGCUGCAGGUUGCCUGGUGUGGACUCUGUCUUAAAAAGCCUCCCUGCUGAAGAAAAAGAUGAAAAUGUUGAAAACUAAGGAAGAACCAGAGCUGCAUGCAAAAAAGGAAAUGGAAGAAAGAACAAUAACUAUAGAAAUCCCUGAAGUUCUGAAGAAGAAGCUUGAGGACGAUUGUUACUAUAUCAACAGGAGGAAACGGUUAGUGAAACUUCCGUGCCAGACCAACAUCAUAACUAUUUUGGAAUCAUACGUGAAGCAUUUUGCUAUCAAUGCAGCCUUUUCUGCCAAUGAGAGGCCUCGUCACCAUCACGCUAUGCCACAUGCCAACAUGAAUGUGCAUUAUAUCCCAGCAGAAAAGAACGUUGACCUUUGUAAGGAGAUGGUGGAUGGAUUACGAAUAACCUUUGAUUACACUCUCCCAUUGGUUUUGCUCUAUCCGUAUGAACAAGUUCAGUAUAAAAAGGUGACUUCGUCCAAAUUUUUUCUUCCAAUUAAGGAAAGUACCACAAACACUAAUAGGAACCCAGAGGAACUCUCUCCAAGCCCACCUUUGUUGAAUCCAUCCACACCACAGUCCACAGAGAGUCAGCCAACCACAGGCGAGCCAGCCACCCCCAAAAGGCGCAAAGCCGAGCCGGAAGCCUUGCAGUCUCUGAGGCGGUCCACACGCCCCUCCGCCAAUUGCGACUGGCUGUCGGAGAGCAGCGCCUCGCCUCAGCCCAAGCGCCGGCAGCAGGACGCUUCUGCCAGCAUGCCCAAGCUGUUCCUGCACCUGGAAAAGAAGACACCCGUUCAUAGCAGAUCAUCCUCACCCGUUCCUCUGACCCCUAGCAAGGAAGGGAGUGCGGUGUUUGCUGGCUUUGAAGGCAGAAGAACUAAUGAAAUAAAUGAGGUCCUCUCCUGGAAACUUGUACCCGACAGUUACCCCCCAGGUGACCAGCCACCUCCACCCUCUUACAUUUAUGGGGCGCAACACUUGCUGCGAUUGUUCGUGAAACUUCCAGAAAUCCUUGGAAAGAUGUCCUUUUCUGAGAAGAAUCUGAAGGCUUUACUGAAGCACUUUGAUCUCUUUCUGAGGUUUUUAGCAGAAUACCAUGAUGACUUUUUCCCAGAGUCUGCCUAUGUUGCUGCCUGUGAGGCGCACUACAGCACGAAGAACCCCAGGGCGAUUUAUUAAGGUUUUGAUGGUUCUGGAAGAACAGCUUCUCUAUCUAGCUUUGCACUCUCCGUUCCUGAUAAAGAACUAGGGAGUUGGUGGGCCUUCCUUACAGGCAGAGCGAAUGCGACACUCGACACUCGCCUUGGGGGUGUGU